AAAAAAAAGAAUCCGCAAAAGAGGCAAGAAUGGGUUUGCAUUUCGGAAACUUGGGCGUGAAAGUGCGCGGGAUCGUGUCCUACAGACUGUCGCCCUUUGAGCAGAAGCCACUGGCUGGGGUUUUGUCUCACGGCCUGCCGAACCUCAUUCGUCGGAUGAAGGAGGAGAUUUUCUUUGUUGUUCCCCCAUUUGCGAUUGGCUACAUGGUGUACACGUGGGGAGAGGCCGAGUACGAGAAGAACCUGCGCAAGAAGCCCGGCGAAUUUGAUCACGAAAAGUGAAAAGAUGAUGAUGAAGUGACCCGUUCUUUGCGCGUGCUGAUUCUGUAGAUCACUGUUGUGUGCAAUUUAAAAGUGUAGAUUGUAAACAUUCGCAUCUUGCGAAUACCUCGUUUCGGGAAAAUGCAGCAAUGCUUUUUUCUCUGACA